UGCUCUGGAUCAAAAGAAGGUCUUCCUAGGCUGGCUCUCAAGCCCGUGGUGGCAGGAAGUGGCCACUGGCUGGGUGUCCUACCACCCACUCUUACCCUGAUGAGCACUGGCCCCUUUCCUGUGGCCCUGCAGGCUCUGAUGCAGAUACCUGGGCCAAGGAAAUGGCUCCCAGCCCACCUGGGGUUGGGUUUUCCCAGGAGACAGGAAGUGGGGCCUCUCUGCCCACCUGGGGGGAAGCCAAGUAAAGGGUCUGAAGGCAGAGUGACUCAGAAAGGAACGAUUGGAGGCAGGCUUCCUGCUGCCAGGUCACCUCCUUCACACCUCUGACCACAGGUCUGGGGCUGGAAUAUGGCAGGGGUGGGGAAGGGUGACAUACAGAUGCAUCACACGGGCUGAAAGACACCCGGAGGUUAUCCCUCUAAAGAUGAGACCUAGAGAGAGGGCAGGUACAGGGCUGGCAACUCGGGAUGGAGAGGUAGUCCCAGCUUGAGGACAAAAUGGGUAGCCUUAGGUGUUUGCUAAGUGAACUCAUGACUAGAUGGGAGUCUGCAUGCUGCCAGGAGUCACAGGAAAGUAGCUGUGGAGCCGAAGGGUCCUCUAGGACUGAGCAGACCCCUAACAGCUGCCACCUCCCUCCAGACGUGGCAGGAAACGUAGGACACCUCAAGCCCUGCUGUUCUGCUGAGUGGCUUGAGCCAAGCCCACACCCCACCCUAAACCUUGAUUUCCUCCUUGGUUAAAUGGGAGGAGUGGGAUUGGACUGGAGAUGUAUGGGUCCCAUGAUACCUGCUGGGUUUGAAUAACUUCGAUUAUACUGGAUCUGGAACAAAGUGAAGACCUCUCUCAGCUCCAGUGGCCGGGGACCUGGAUCCUGGGGGGGAAGGAGUUAAGUGAGGAGUCAUUGCUGGGACCACACCUUGGCUUCCAGCAAGGACUGAGCUAGGGGAUCAGCCAGUUAACCUGUCCUGUCUCCCUGUAUGAGCAUCAGCAUAUCAAUCACAUUUCAGCCUCAGUUGCUCCCUCUGAGAAAUGGGAACAAAGCAGUUGUUUCUGAAGGGGUGAGCCCCAGGCAUGGGGCUUGCAAAGGGAAGGGCAUGGGGAGCAGUUGUGGGCUCUUACCUGGACCCUGAAGGAAUCCUUGGUGCCUUGGGCCAGACCUGCCACCAACAGGGCCAGGAGGCAGGAGAGAAGGACAGUUGGUGCCAUGUUGCUGCAGACCAAAGUGGUGGGGACAGGAAGCUGUGAGACCAAACUAGAGGGGCUGAGAGGGUGGAGCUGGAGAAACCACAAAGGGAAACCAGGCUGGGAGGGGGGGGGAGCUGAACCCCUCAAGCAAGAGGCAUUCAGGCUUUUGGCCCUACACAGCCCUCUGCCUGCCUAUUCCCCGCCCCCACCCCUUUUUUUUAUUCAACAGAGGCUCUCGGCCCACCCUGUUCUGGGUAAUUUUGGGGACACAGAGAUGGAUCUGUCCUCAAGGAGAAAGGAGGCGACAGGUCCUAAGAGGGCAGUGACAUAAAGCCAUCAGUACUGUCAUGGAUGUCAACGAGUGCCUGACCAUCCCUGAGGCCUGCAAGGGGGAAAUGAAAUGCAUCAACCAUUAUGGGGGCUACUUGUGCCUGCCCCGCUCAGCUGCCGUCAUCAACGACCUGCAUGGGGAGGGACCACCACCGCCAGUGCCCCCUGCUCAACACCCCAACCCCUGCCCACCAGGCUAUGAACCUGAUGACCAAGAGAGCUGUGUGGAUGUGGACGAGUGUGCCCAGGCCCUGCACGACUGCCGCCCCAGCCAGGAGUGCCACAACCUGCCUGGUUCCUACCAGUGCACCUGCCCUGACGGCUACCGCAAGAUUGGGCCUGAAUGUGUGGAUAUAGACGAGUGCCGCUACCGCUACUGCCAGCACCGCUGUGUGAACUUGCCAGGCUCCUUCCGCUGCCAGUGCGAGCCAGGCUUCCAGCUGGGGCCCAAUAACCGCUCCUGCGUGGAUGUGAAUGAAUGUGACAUGGGGGCUCCAUGUGAGCAGCGCUGCUUCAACUCCUAUGGAACCUUCUUGUGUCGCUGCCAUCAGGGCUACGAGCUACACCGGGAUGGUUUUUCCUGCAGUGAUAUUGAUGAAUGCAGCUACUCCAGUUACCUCUGUCAGUACCGCUGCGUCAACGAGCCAGGCCGCUUCUCCUGCCACUGCCCACAGGGCUACCAGCUGCUGGCCACGCGCCUCUGCCAAGACAUUGACGAGUGUGAGUCCGGCGCACACCAGUGCUCUGAGGCCCAAACCUGUGUCAACUUCUAUGGGGGCUACCGCUGUGUGGACACCAACCGCUGCGUGGAGCCCUAUGUCCAAGUGUCUGACAAUCGCUGCCUCUGCCCAGCCUCCAACCCCCUGUGCCGGGAGCAGCCCUCAUCCAUUGUGCACCGCUACAUGAGUAUCACCUCGGAACGCAGUGUGCCCGCAGAUGUAUUCCAGAUCCAAGCGACUUCCGUCUACCCUGGCGCCUACAAUGCCUUUCAGAUCCGUGCGGGAAACUCACAGGGGGACUUCUACAUUAGGCAAAUCAACAAUGUCAGCGCCAUGCUGGUCCUCGCCCGGCCCGUGACGGGCCCCCGGGAGUAUGUGCUGGACCUCGAGAUGGUAACCAUGAACUCCCUCAUGAGCUACCGGGCUAGCUCUGUACUGAGACUCACCGUCUUCGUGGGGGCCUACACCUUCUGAGGAGUGGGGAGAGUUCUCAGGGAGGGGGAGAUCCCUGCAGCCGAGGAGCCUGGGGCUCAGGGAUGACCGUGUUCUGCUAAAAGGGAAGAUGCUGUUGUGAAGGGUAGAGAGAGAAAGGCAAUAAAGGGAGAAAGAAGGAGUCCUGGUGGCUGAGGUGGGUGGGUAACACUAGAGAACCCCAGACUGGGGAAGGGGCCAGGCUUGUGGGAGGUGGGCCAAGUCUGCCUAAAGUGGGGGUCCGACCUAUUGACAGAAGUUGGGACCUGUGUCCCCAAAGCUGGGAUUGGUCUAUGUACCAUGGGCAUCAGCAUCACCCUGAGAAGGGAGAAGGUAAUGAGGCUGCAGACUCCAGGCCUCAGAAGUUUGGUCUUGGCUGGUUUUCAGGGAGCCUAAGAGACCCUGCUCUAGAUAGUACCAGGAGGCUCUGGGUUUCAAUCCUACUUUGGCCUCAAACUAACAAUUUGGACAAACCCUGGGCCUCAGUUUUCCAAUCCAUAAAAUGGGGCAACUGGACUGUUAGUGCUUUUUAAACUUUUCUUUUCCAAGCUACAGAACCUUUUAGCAAAGGAAAUGUUAUUUGAUUAGGGACCCUCUGAUGACAUAAACUAGAUUCAAAGUUGCAACACCUCAGA